AGUUUUCAAGGAGAAGGAAGCAGGAGGGAAUGUUAAGAACGUGGAGACCCAGCCCUGGAUGGUGUGGCUCAGUUGGUUGAGCGUCCUCCCAUGUACCAAAAGGUUGCCCGACAUGUGAGCACCGUUUCUUGGGGCAGCUCCGCCUCUGCAGCCCUUAGGCCUGCUGCUUCUCGAAGAACAUGCUUGACAAAUGUAUUGUGGUCUGCUGCCAAUCAAGCAAAAUGUGCCUUUAGCACUAGUUCCUCGUAUCAUGCUCCUGCCGUCACCCAACACGCACCCUAUUUUAAGGGUACAGCCGUUGUCGGUGGAGAGUUCAAAGAACUGAGCCUUGAUGACUUCAAGGGGAAAUACUUGGUGCUCUUCUUCUAUCCUUUGGAUUUCACCUUUGUGUGUCCUACAGAAAUUGUUGCUUUUAGUGACAAAGCCAAUGAGUUUCAUGAUGUGAACUGUGAAGUUGUUGCAGUGUCUGUGGAUUCCCACUUCAGCCAUCUUGCCUGGAUCAACACACCGAGGAAGAAUGGCGGUUUGGGCCACAUGAACAUCACACUGUUGUCAGAUUUGACUAAACAGAUUUCCCGAGACUACGGCGUGCUGUUAGAAGGUGCUGGUAUUGCACUAAGAGGUCUCUUCAUAAUUGACCCCAAUGGAGUCAUCAAGCAUUUGAGUGUCAAUGAUCUCCCAGUGGGCCGAAGCGUGGAAGAGACCCUCCGCCUGGUGAAGGCAUUCCAGUUUGUGGAAGCCCAUGGAGAAGUCUGCCCAGCAAACUGGACCCCGGAUUCUCCUACAAUCAAGCCACAUCCUACUGCUUCCAAAGAAUACUUUGAGAAGGUAAAUCAGUAGAUCAUCCCAUGUGCACCUGUAGCUUCUCAGAAGAACCACAGUUGGAGCUCACUUGUAGCAUUUCAAAGAUGAUUAUAUAUAGUAGGCAAAAAAUCAAUUAUGCUUGCAUUCAUAAAUAUUACUCUAAAUGUUUUGUUUUUGUAACAUUGGGCUAAGGCUUUUUAAACAUAAUUAGUUACUAACAUGAGUUCUUUAUUGGUAACUUCUUGAUGACUAGUUUAUGGACUGCCUAGUUCACCUGUGUCUUUGAUCAUGUCUUCAAUGGGAAACACUCUUCUUAGCCUUACCUGAACCUGUGUGUACAUCAGUGUCGUACAAGUAGCAAAAGCCUCUGAUCAAGGAUCCUGAAAUGUUCAUGAAUUUCUUUGUAUUAAUCUGAUUUUUCUUUAGUUUUACAUUUUUAGCAUCAGCAUUCUAACUCUAGGAGUAGAGAUAUAUUUGAAACAAUGUGAAUCAUGUUUUUUAAAAGAACACAGUGGCAAAGUGACUUAACUGAUCAUGCAUGUUCCUCAUCCCUGAGAUUUGUAGUUUCUGUAGUUAUUUUACUUAUUUUAUUUGUUAGCUGACUUAGUGUCAGCAUACAUUUAGCAUACAUUUCUAAAUAUUGAUUAAAGGUAAUUAUAGAGGAUAUUUAUUGAAUCCAGGGAUUGCAUUUUGACAUCAUUGUAAUUAUAUUUUCUGAAA